AUGGGGCCAUCUACAGUUAGUCUGGUGGUGGAAUGCAGUCAGGGGUCAUCUACAAUCGGUCUGGUAGUGAGAGAAUGCAGUCAGGGGCCAUCUACAAUCGGUCUGGUAGUGACAGAAUACAGUCAGGGGUCAUCUACAGUUAGUCUGGUAGAGAGAGAAUGCAGUCAGGGGCCAUCUACAAUCGGUCUGGUAGUGAGAGAAUACAGUAAAGGGUCAUCUACAGUUAGUCUGGUAGUGAGAGAAUGCAGUCAGGGGCCAUCUACAAUCGGUCUGGUAGAGACAGAAUGCAGUCAGGGGCCAUCUACGAUAGGUCUGGUAGUGAGAGAAUGCAGUCAGAGGCCAUCUACAAUCGGUCUGGUAUUGACAGAAUACAGUCAGUGGUCAUCUACAGUUAGUCUGGUAGUGACAGAAUGCAGUCAGGGCCCAUCUACAAUCGGUCUGGUAGUGAGAGAAUGCAGUCAGGGGCCAUCUACAAUUGAUCUGGUAGUGAGAGAAUGCAGUCAGGGGCCAUCUACGAUAGGUCUGGUAGUGAGAGAAUGCAGUCAGGGGCCACCUACAAUCGGUCUGGUAGUGACAGAAUACAGUCAGGGGUCAUCUACAGUUAGUCUGGUAGAGAGAGAAUGCAGUCAGGGGCCAUCUACAAUCGGCCUGGUAGUGACAGAAUACAGUCAGGGGUCAUCUACAGUUAGUCUGGUAGAGAGAGAAUGCAGUCAGAGGCCAUCUACAAUCGGUCUGGUAGUGACAGAAUACAGUCAGGGGUCAUCUACAGUUAGUCUGGUAGUGAGAGAAUGCAGUCAGGGGCCAUCUACGAUAGGUCUGGUAGUGAGAGAAUGCAGUCAGGGGCCAUCUACAAUCGGUCUGGUAGUGACAGAAUACAGUCAGGGGUCAUCUACAGUUAGUCUGGUAGAGAGAGAAUGCAGUCAGGGGCCAUCUACAAUCGACUAUUUAUGGAUCGGCUAA